AUGGGUUCACGUGAUGAUGAAUACGAUUACUUAUUCAAAGUUGUGUUGAUUGGCGAUUCUGGUGUUGGCAAAUCCAAUUUGCUAUCACGGUUUACCCGAAAUGAAUUUAAUUUGGAGUCGAAGUCAACAAUAGGCGUCGAAUUUGCGACAAGGAGUAUACAGGUCGAAGGAAAAACAGUGAAAGCUCAAAUAUGGGAUACAGCAGGACAAGAAAGAUAUCGAGCAAUAACGUCGGCAUAUUAUAGAGGUGCUGUUGGUGCGCUUUUGGUGUAUGAUAUUGCUAAGCAUGUUACAUAUGAAAAUGUUGAAAGAUGGCUCAAGGAAUUACGUGAUCACGCAGACCAAAAUAUAGUAAUAAUGUUGGUUGGAAAUAAAAGUGAUCUACGUCAUUUGCGUGCAGUGCCUACAGAUGAGGCGAAAGCUUAUGCAGAAAAAAAUCAGUUGUCAUUCAUUGAAACUUCUGCACUCGAUAGCACUAAUGUGGAGGCUGCAUUCACCAACAUUUUAACUGAGAUCUAUAAAUCAGUAUCCGUGAAACAUGUUGGUGGUGAUAAUCGGGCUGCAAUCUCUACACCAGGCUCGAAUGGUAUAGUAAUAUCGCCAACAGCUGAGCCUCAAACUAAAAAGCAGUGCUGUUCCAGUCUGUGA